AGUAGCGCCACCAUCGCCGCCGCCGUCGGAGCAACGACUGCCGACUUCGCGUCACCAGUCGCGUACAACAUGCGUCUCGAGGCGGAAUUGUCGCUCUGCUCAGACGCGGAGGAUGUUGUGAACAGCGCGCCGGCCAAGUUCCCGGACACGACGGAGCGAAAAUCGUUGGACUAUCACACCGACGAGAACGAGGACGCAGCGUCGAGAACGUCGGACGGCGGCAAACUGUCGAGAACGAGAAUGAGUGAGACUAACGAGAACGAGAUUCGCGCCGUUGUAACCGGACGUGGAAUGGAUUUGUUCGGCGGUCAGAAGAUCAAUCCGUCCAAGGAACGUGUCGCUCUGCCGAGUCGCGCGUCCAACGAAGACGCGAUGGAGAGCGACAGUUCCGAGGAGCUGCAGUACGGUCCGGGGAUUGUAAACAAGCUCAAGAGUAAGUACCUUAACCUCACUCUGCGCGAGACGAAUAAGAGUCGCGUGUCGGUGCAGCGGUUUCGACGUGCGGCCAGUCUCGAGGAUCUGCUGGACCGCGACGACGAGGAAGCGCCCGGUCACGAGAAGAAUGUCACCGGCAGGAAGUAUUCGAAACGGAGCGGCGGCGGCGUCGCGAACGCCGCCAAGACCGACAGGUAUCGGAACGCCUCCCGGGGCAACGACUCGAUGAAACGGGCGCGUAGCGUGGAAACCUUGAUGAGGUACAACAGCGUGACGACCGACGAGGCGGCAGCGCGUCAAGUUCCGGUCUCUCGACCGGCGACGAACGGUGUGCGCCAAGAGCCAGUUAACGAUCACAUCAUCCUCGUAGACCGCACAUCCGUGAAGAUCGAGAGUCGGUUGGGUGAGAUCGAUCGGCCGAAGCCCGUAAACAAACCCAAGAGAAUCAAACCGGUGCUGGCGGAAACGGAACGACCGCCGCAGGAUCUAGUCAAGACCACGAUGAGAAUUUUCGAGGUCUCAGCGAGGAGACUGAAGCCGAAAGGCGAGGUCGCCGCGAAGGUCGCCACUUUCAAGACCAUCAACGACACGCUCAAAGCGCAGAAGAAGCUGGUGCCAAAACCGCCGGUGCAGCCGAAGCCUUUCGUGAAUGGCGGUGCUCGCGCCGGAAUCGCUGCUUCCCCGAAGAAGAUCGUACUGCCGCAGAAACCGACCGCGGAGCUGAUCGAGACGCAAGAUGGCAAAGAAGAGUAUCACAUAGACGGCGUAAUCACAGAACCGAUCGUCCAAUCCGUGUCCUCGGUGGUGAGCAGGUUUCAGCAAAUCGAAAAGUCGCACUCGCCCUCGCCGUCGCCGGAACCCGCCGUAUACAAGCUCAGAUUUUCACCGGCGAACAGUCCGGAACCGCAGAGUUGCAAGUCCAAGUCCGCCGCUCUGGAGAUCAGCGUAAAAUCGCCACCGGUCACACCGGUGCUCUCGCCGAGAAUUCUGUCACCCAGAUUGCAAUCGCCGCCGUCGCCGGUGAAAGACGCAAUCAGACAAGGCUCCCAGAGUCCUUCCUCUCCCGUCAAGGACCCGAUUCGGAUUCAGAUUCCAAAUUCCCUUCACAAACCGCCACUGCCGAGUCCCCCGGUCAAGGAUUCCUCGAAGACGGAGCUUGAGUCGAUCAAAGUUCGUUUGUUGAUCGAGAAGGACUCGCCGAGAACGAAUGUAGAGCACACCUGGCAACCGGUACGAGUUCCGGAAUCAUUCGAAGAGCGAAAAGACGAGGAUGCGAGCCGCGUCGCGGUCGCCAACGAAGAGGACAGCGCCGAAAAGGAAACCGCAGAAGCGAAAACCAUAUCCAAGACCGCUCUGGAUAAUAUCAGCAAGGCCGGCAUAACGAUGCAGUUCAACUUUGGCGAUCAGCCGACGAGCGACAAGAGUUACUUGCCGGGUGCGAAGCACAACGGACAACAAAACUCGGCGGAGGACGAUCCUGGCGACAAGAUCGAGUCCGGCGCGUCGGAUGUUCGCGUGACGAGCUCCGAGGCGACGUGCAGAUUGCAGGAAAGACUGGAACCCGAAAAAGAGACGAAACUCGAGAGCGGCAAGGAGGAUGCCGAUCAGAAGCUGAUCGUACCGGAGACGAAACCUAUCGGCGCUAUUUGUAGUCUGAGUUUAAUCAAACCCGCAACGACGCAUUCGCAACAGAGCAACAACGAGACGAAAACGAUAAGAUCUCAGCAGAAGAACGAGUUCUCGCCGCCGCAGAAACAGAUCGGCAUCAUACGCCCGCUCGUGUCCACGAAGACGCAACAUCCGCAGCAGAAUCUGAGCAAUCGCGAGCUCGAGAAGAACCUGAUCAAUCGGGUGAAGAGCAUCGAGCAGCCGACCAAGGUGGUGGUGAGUCUGAAGAGUGCGGACGAGAUACAACCGGCGAAAAAGACGAGCGCGGGCAGCGGUCUCUGGGACACGAAGCCAUGGAAUCAGCAGAACAACACGAUGGUGUUCAACUUCAGUAAUCGGAAGGACGUGCCGGAUUACAUAGAAAACGACGGUCUUAUCAUCAGAAGAAAGCGGGAGAAGCCAAAGACGGUUGGCGACGGCGGUAUUAUAGUGCUCGAUGCUACUUUGGACGCGUCUACGACCGACGAUGCCGAGUGGGAGAUCUCCGGGGGUCCGCCGUCACCCUGCGAUGUGUCGUUUCUCAACGACAAUGUCCUCAUCAACGGACGCAGCAACCUCUCGAGGACGCCACGAAAUCACAAGCAUCGAAUACAGUUCGACGACACGGCAACCCGUACUUUCGAAUAUCCUAGUGAAGCGUCGAUACUCGAAGGCGAGACCAGCAGCGUGGACGGCGAGACUUCUAGUUCUGUCGAGAAACAGCAACAGUCCGCGUUAAACAACAAAACCUCGUCUACCGUCUCGUCGACGACAAGCAUGCCGUCCCUUCUCGGCGGAGGUGGAUUAGCUAGUUACACACCCAGCAAGGUGGAUCUGACGUCGGAAGGCUUUGAACUCGGCAUUACCAGAGCUGUGUCGACCACGGCUCCUGUGGCAGGAACCGCGUCGUCCGGACAAACCGAGAGUUCGAGCGAAGUUGAAUAUUUGAGACCGGCUCAGGACGCAGGCGCUUGGGGCUCAGAAACGACCGGGGAUCUUCUUUAUUGAAGAAACGAAGAAGCAGGAUAUAUAUAUAUAUAUAUAUAUCCACAGAGAUUGAAGUAUUCGCAGCUCAAUGUGCUUUUUGCAAUAGAAUUAAGAAGAAAACGAAACCAAGACUUAUAAGGUUAAACAGAAUAUUUUUUUCCUAGCGGUAAACUCGCGAAAAGAAACGUAAAAGUAAAAUAAAAACAAUUCAACAUUUAUAUUGAAGUUUAAUAAAAAAAAAAAGUUCACGAAGAAUGCUCACAACUGCAAAUAAGGACAAAUUUUUCAUACAAAAGAUGAGCGUCGCGUUCGUGAUCGGACGAUAUGUCGGACCACAAAUUAUAUCGCAAAUUUUUUUUUUUUAAUUACACCGUAGAUGAAUUUUUUUCUUUCUCUAAACUCAAUAAAGAAAAUCAAAAGAACGAUCUCCGCUCAUGGACGCGCCGAUUGUGUUAAGAGCAAAGUUUAUUUAGACGAUUAAGUAAGAACUAACAGUAUCAUUCCAAGUAUAUGCAUUUACUUUGUAUUAUUAUUACGCUAUAUAUCGAAUAACUGGACUUUUCUUAGACAAUGAAUCGAAACUGCCAAGAUGUGCUAGUAUACUAAGUUUUUUGUAUCAGCUCUGAAGAGCUUAGCGACUGAUGUCCUGUUGCGAGUUAUAAAGAAAGAACUAUGAAGCAUAUCACAUUUUGGCAUAUUUUGUAGGGUAGAAAGUCGAUGGGAGAAGAGAAUUGCGAAAGAAUUUUGUAACUCCUUUUUGAGAUUAUUCUAAGGCUAAGCUGUGAGUUUUGUCAAGCUGCCAGUAGAGGGCCAGAGAAUUUUAUGCCAAGUUUUUGGUAGAAAGAGGCAAACGAUUGAAUUGUCUUCGAGAGAUUCAAUUGAAGAAAAAAAAAAAAAAAUGUUCAAGACAAA